AUGAAUCGAUUCUUUCAAAAGUCAUCUUUUGUACAACGAGUUGCUUCGUCGUCAUCAAAGUCAUUUGCGGCAUCUACCUUUUCACCAUCAUCAUCUUCAUCUUCUUCUUCCCCUUCGUCUUCUUCCUAUUCUACAUCAUCACCCAAUAUAAAUAGUAGUAACUCUAAAUCAUAUAUACCAACAACAUACACAUCAACCUCUAUAAAUAAUAAUGGUGGUCUCAUUCGUAUAUCUACCGGAAAUACAGCAGCAGCCAUGGAAUUGUUAAAAGCACUAUCUGACGGUGAAGACGACGACGGGCGCCGGCAUGGCUAA